AACCUGUAAACCCGCGUGUUAAUGGGUUUCGAUCGGCCCAUUGUUCGUCGUCUGCCCUAAAAGCCCCAUUUCUCUGUCACAACUUAUAAACAGCUCUCAUGCAACCCUAAACUGCAGAAAGCUCCGCUCCUAGCAACCAUGGCUGGAAUGAACGAAGAGAAAUCAGAAACCCUCGUGGAAGAAGAACAGAACAACAAGAAAAAGCACAAGAAAGCGAAGGAAAAGAUCAAGGAGGAGGAAAUUCAAGUGAAGAUCGAAACCCUAGGUGAGAACCCGAACAAGGUCUCGCCUUUCGUCGGGUACUUCCCCUCCGGCUUCGAUCCUCUCAAGAACCAAGCCACGGCCGCCGGUGAACCGCCACGAGCCACGGUUAGGGUUUUCAGGCACGAGAAGCGGACCAAUCGGUUGCAGCUCGUUGUGAGCCCUAAUAACGGAUUUCAAGUCGAUUUCGUUGGUACUAACUAUUCGGGUGAGGCCACUGCUCCUCAGCUCUGUACUUAUGCCCUUGGAGUGCUUGAUAAGCAGUUGCAAACGCUCAAGAUUGUUCCUAUCGCUUCCAACAAGAUAUUUAGAUUGGAACCGAGGGUCGGAGGACUGGAUUUGUCUGUCAAGGAACCUUCCAAGGAAGAAGAACUCUCUACGCAGACGAAGUUUGAGAAGAGAGAAGCGCUGGAUGACAUUUAUGGAACGAAGAAGGCGAUAAAACGGAAUAAGAAACGCAAGUCAUUAUUUCGAGAAGUAGAUCCUCAAGCGCAGGAGAAUUUGGACAGAAAAUUUGAGGGAGUCAAGAUAAACAAAGAGGCCCUUGAAAGUGCUGGCAUGCACAGUUCUCGAAAUACUCCACCUCAUGAUUCUUCUGCUACCACACCACAGAUGGCUUAUCCGUUGGACAAGAUCAUUUUGAAGGGAGAGUGGGAUUACCUUGUUGACAUUCUCAAGCUUUUCCAAGAUGGAGCAGAGAUAGCACCUGAUGGUUACCCAAGCUUUAUUUGCAACAGACUUCAUAGGUUGGAAUCUAUUGAGGAUGAGGUGGAAAAGAAGAGGCUUGCUUGUGUGUUCUCAUACAUCAACCAUCUCGUAAAGUUCAAGGAUAAAAAUUCAAUGGAAGGUUGCUCCUCUGCGAAGCAUCAUAAAAUCCCAAGCAUCUUAUCUCAAAAGUUUUCAACCAUGUUUGGCUAUUCAGAUAAAAAAAGGCUUGAGGAUGAGAAGAGGGAUCUUCUGAUUAGCUAUGUCUUGGUUCUUACUCUGAUUGCUGAUAGCUUCAGGACUGCGGUGUCAGAUAUUACUAAGGACUUGAGAUUGGAUUCGGUUAAAGUGAGAUCACAUUUUGAAAAUCUUGGUUGCAAGCUUAUGAUCAAGAACAAGGUGUUGUUGGCUACACUUCCUGUCCCCCUCGUGUUUCCGAAGGCCAAGUAUAAGCAUAAGCCGAAAAGGUAGAGGUAGAUUGAUGAGUUAUCGGACUUCUGUUGGUAAAUGUUUUACAGCCAAGAAAUCUGGUUGGUAUUUUUGCUUUCUGAUUUGUGAAACCUUUCUGUAUUUGGGGGAUAAAUUUUGCCUAUACUGACAUUUGAUAAGGUGCUGGUAUCUUCUGUUUUAGAAAAAAUGUAUUUCUGUUGAACCCUCUAUAUUAUGAUUCUCGUUUGGCUCUAA